GCUGUGGCGGAGACUCCCAUGCCUGUCCUCUCCAGAAAAUCCUUCAAGAAGCUUCCUGAGUGGGAUUUUGAGGAUAUUUAUAACCAGGAUGCUCCACCCAGGCAGACAACAUGUGCCAAGUCUCUGCGAAACUCUCAGGAUGAAAGCUUCAAGAAGGCUUUCCUCCCCAACAUACGUUUGUUCAUGCACAAAAUCAACAUGAGCGAGUGGAACCGGCUUUCACAUUUUAACAAUCCUUUCGGUUUUAUGGAGUUCAACCAUGAUGAGGUGAUGGCUGGAGCGAAGUUGAUCCCCAAGCCAAAUGAGCCACUACUCCUUCCAAAGCCAGGCAGUGACCGGUGUAUGAGCUGUGCUGUGGUGGGCAUGGGAGGAAUCCUCAAUGGCUCUAAAAUGGGGAAAGAAAUUGAUGCUCACGAUUAUGUUUUUCGGAUGAACGGUGCAAUCACCAAAGGUUUUGAGGAGGACGUAGGAAACAGGACCUCGGUGUACGUUCACACCGCCCACUCUAUCACUCAGUCUAAGUAUCUUCUACGGAAGUACGGAUACAAAUCCAUCCCUGAUGAUGAGGGUAUAAAGUACGUAAUGAUUCCUGAGGGGAUGAGGGACUUCAAUUGGAUGGAGGGUCUUUUCAAAAACCAAACGGUCACUGCUGGGCAAUAUAAAAACAAGAGGCCGUGGACAUACUAUGCCGAACAGUACAAUGAGACCCGCUUCUAUGUUCUGCACCAGGAUUUCCUCAGAUACGUUCGAAACAGGUUUUUAAAGUCUCCUCACCUGAAUGAUCCACACUGGGCGAUAGUCAGACCAACCAAUGGGGCAUUCACUCUCUUCCUGGCUCUGCACACCUGUGACACUGUGAGUGCAUAUGGAUUCAUCACUGAGGACUUCAGGAAAUACUCUACCUACUAUGUUGAGAAGCAUAUUAAAACCAAAGUAAUUUUGUACUCCAACCACGACUAUAUCCUGGAGAAGAAUGUGUGGAAAAAACUACACGACAGCAAAAUACUUAAGCUGUAUCAAAGGCUGGAGUCAGAAACGGGGACAAAAUCGCCAAGCAAAAUGCCAUGA